AUGCUUCGCCGUCUUGGGCGCCAGCCCUGGACGUGCCGCAAGUGUCUUUCACGACAGCAAUCACGAGCCUUCGAAAGCGCCGCCUCUACGAUCGCAAAAGCGCAUACGAGUUACAUAUCAGCAAAGACUGGCGGCUCUGGAAAGAAAGUCGACGAUGACACCUUACGACGAGUCUUUGACUCCCAACAAUUCUGGAAGGAAUUUUCAUACAAGCGUGUAGGGUCAAAGCGGGCAGGGUUGGUUCAGAACCAAUACCUCACAAACCCAGAAGGAUUUCGCCAUUUCGCCAAUGUCUCGUUGCAAAAGUGCCAGGCCAUCGUCACAAAAGUCCUUCAAGCAUCCACAUUGGAUGAAUAUCGGGCGCUCGCACGAAAUCUUGAUCGACUCAGCGAUCUUCUCUGUCGCGUGAUCGACCUCUCCGACUUCAUUCGAACCAUCCAUGCAGACCCUCGAAUCCAAGAAGCUGCGACGCAGGCGUACGCGCUUAUGUUUGAGUAUAUGAAUGUGUUAAAUACGACCACCGGCCUGCAUGACCAGUUGAGCAAGGCUAUUGCGAACCCUGAAGUGACAUCGCAUUGGACCGAGGCCGAGACGAUUGUGGCGCAGAUCCUUAUGAGGGACUUCACAAACUCUGCCAUCCACAUGCCCCCGAGCGAGAGACAGCGAUUCGUGAAUCUGUCAAAUGAGAUAAGCCAAGUCGGUUCCGACUUUUUCGGGGGCGCCGAGCCCGCCAAGUCCCAAGUGGUUUUCAAUGCGAAUAGCUUGCAAGGACUCGAUCCACUCAUGGUCCAGAGAAUCAAGAAGUGGAAUAACAAAGCUCCUGUACCGACUGCCGGAAUUGUUCCGCGACUUGUACUACGAUCUGUGAGGGACGAAAGUGUGCGAAAAGAAGUAUAUCUUGCAACUCGGACGUCGAGCUCGCGGCAGAUACAUCGCCUUGAGAAACUCCUGAUGAAGAGAUCUGAGCUCGCUCAACUCUCUGGAUAUGACAGCUUUGCAAACAUGACACUGAGCGAUAAGAUGGCCAAAACACCUGAAGCAGUCUCCAAUUUCUUGACGUCCCUGAUUGCCAGCAAUCGGGGUCUCGUGAGUGAGGAACUGGCCCAGCUGCAGAAGAUGAAGGGUGGCUCACUGCAGCCCUGGGAUCAUGCAUUUUAUGUCCAUAAGCGUGUCAUGGAAUAUUCUCAGGCUCGUCGGUCACGUGAGCUGAGUGCUAUACCUGAGUUUUUCUCUCUGGGUACUGUCAUGCAAGGUCUUUCGCGGCUUUUCGACCGUCUCUACGGUGUUCGGCUCGUGCCGCAGGAGACGGCUGCUGGCGAAACCUGGCAUUCAGAUGUCCGCCGUUUAGAUGUUGUAAAUGAGGCUGAGCAGCAUAUUGCCGUUGUGUACUGCGACCUGUUUUCGCGACCUGGUAAACACCCAAACCCUGCUCACUUCACUCUUCGCUGCUCGCGCGAGAUCUUGGCGGAUGAGGUUGCAGAAUGUGCCUCGAUGGAUGAAUCCGUGCAUCCGAACGACGGCAUGGCAACUGCCAUUGAUCCGCAAACCAACACACUGCGUCAAUUGCCUACCAUUGCUCUUGUCUGCGAUUUCCAGGAGCCGGCGACCACCGGCUCCGGGCGCCCGACGCUAUUAAGCGAGCAAAGUGUCCGCACUUUGUUCCAUGAGAUGGGCCACGCUGUUCACUCCAUAUUAGGCCAAACUCCUCUUCAAUCCAUUUCGGGGACCCGAUGCUCCACUGACUUUGCUGAGCUUCCCUCGGUCCUUAUGGAGAGCUUUGCGACUGCGCCCGAAGUCUUGGCUUUGUAUGCUCGGCAUUGGAAAACCGACGAGCCUUUGUCAGACAGCAUGAUCCGGAGUAUGGAUCAGGACCGACAGGCGCAUGGAUCCAUUUUUGGGGCCGUUGAGAAUGAGGCGCAGAUUCUGAUGGCUCUGGUGGAUCAGGCGUACCAUUCCAUUCCGUGCGAUCAGGCGGUCCGGGGCAUUGACACCACCGACAUCUACCACCAUGUGUUCAACCAAUACUCCAGCCUACAAGAACCUGACGAUGUUCGCCCGCGUACAUCUUGGCAAGGCUUCUUUGGACACCUGUACGGCUAUGGUGCUACCUACUACAGCUACAUCUUUGACCGGGCGAUUGCCAACAAGAUCUGGCAGGACGUCUUCCUGUCUGGAAAGGCUGCCGUGGAUCGUUCCGCUGGAGAACGAUACAAGAAUGAAGUGCUCCGCUGGGGUGGAGGACGUACCGGUUGGGAAUGUGUCGCGGGGGUACUGGGUGAGGAGAAUCCAUCCAACGCCGACGGUCGACUGGUAGAAGGCGGUGAUGAGGCCAUGCGGGAGGUUGGUCGCUGGGGCCUUGGACGCGACGGGGUGUCCGGCUAG